AUGUACACUCUUUUUGUGGAUAACCUACCAGAGUCAAUGGAUCCAAGGAGUAUGUACUCUUUGUUCCUAAAAUUUGGUGUAGUUAAGGAUGUAUUCAUUCCACAAAAGAGGAGGAAAACAACAAACACAAGAUUUGGCUUUGUUCGCUUUAACUGUCCUGUUGCAGCCAGUGUAGCAGAACAAAAGGGCAACGGAAUAUGGGUAGAUGACAAAGCCUUGAUAGUCCAUGGUGCAGUACAUGGAAAAGAAAAAGGAGACCAGAUGAGGUGGAAACAAGUACAGAGGAGGCAACUGGAGUUAAGAAGACCAGCAGAUAAAACUGGACCCACAGGGUGGAAUCAAGGUAUUGAUGGUAGGUCGUAUGUAGAGGUCAUCAAAGGAGCCCAACCAAGAGGUCAACACACUGCUACAAUCAAAGUUGAAGAAGUAGGAAACGGCUGGCUGUAUGAGAGCAUGAUUUGA